AUGAAGAGGGAUAAUCAGAGCAGUGUGUCUGAAUUCAUCCUCCUGGGGUUCCCCAUCCAACCAGAGGAACAAGGCAUGUACUGUUCUCUUUUCCUGGCCAUGUACCUGACCACAGUGCUGGGGAACCUGCUCAUUAUUCUGCUCAUCAGGCUGAACUCUCACCUCCACACCCCCAUGUACUUCUUCCUCAGCCACUUGGCCUUCACUGACGUCUCUUUCUCAUCUGUCACAGCUCCAAAGAUGCUGAUGAAUAUGCUGACACAGAGUCAAUCCAUCUCCUAUGCUGGGUGCAUUUCCCAGGCAUAUUUUUUCUUAAUGUUUGGUGGUCUUGACAGCUUCCUUCUCACCUCAAUGGCAUAUGACAUAUAUGUGGCCAUUUGUCAUCCACUGCACUAUAUCACAGUUAUGAGUCAGAGUAUCUGUUUCCUGCUAGUAAUUGUGUCCUGGGUCUUAUCUUUUUCCUUUUCUUUUGUGCACACCCUCCUCCUAAAAAGGAGCAUGAAGAAGGAUAAUCAGAGCAGUGUGUCUGAAUUCAUCCUCCUGCGGCUCCCCAUCCUGCCAGAGGACCAAGACAUGUUUUAUGCCCUGUUCCUGGCCAUGUACCUGUCCACAGUACUGGGGAACCUGCUCAUCAUCCUGCUCAUCAGGCUGGACUCUCACCUCCACACCCCCAUGUACUUCUUCCUCAGCCACUUGGCCUUCACUGAUAUCUCUUUCUCAUCAGUCACAGCUCCAAAGAUGCUGAUGAAUAUGCUGACACAGAGUCAAUCCAUCUCCUAUGCUGGGUGCAUUUCCCAGGUAUAUUUUUUCAUAUUGUUUGGGAAUCUUGACAGUUUCCUUCUCACCUCAAAGGCCUAUGACAGAUUUGUGGCCAUCUGUCACCCCCUCCACUAUACCACCAUCAUAAAUCAAGUAUGUUUCCUGCUAGUAAUUGGGUCCUGCAUCUUUUCUUUUGCCAUUGCCCUCACACACACCCUCCUCCUAGCUUGUCUCAUGUUCUGUGGAGGCAACACUCUGCAUCACUUCUUCUGUGAUCUCUCUGCCUUACUUAAGCUGUCCAGCUCAGACACCACAAUCAAUGAUCUGGUUAUCCUCACUGUAGGAGUAGUGAUCAUCACUGUGCCAUUCAUAUGCAUUCUGAUCUCUUAUGGCCACAUUGGGGCCACCAUCCUGAGAACCCCCUCCAUCAAGGGAAUCUACAAAGCCCUGUUUACAUGUGGUUCUCACCUCUCUGUGGUUUCUCUAUACUAUGGAGCGAUUAUUGGGCUCUACCUUUUCCCCUCAUCCAGUAACACUAAUAACAAGGAUGUCACUGUGGCUGUGUUGUACAUUCUGGUCACACCCAUGCUAAAUCCCUUUAUCUACAGCCUGAGGAAUCAGGAUAUGAAAGGAGCUCUGAGAAAUGUACUCAGUAGAGGAAAAUUUUCAGUGUGA